AUUGGAGUUCACCGCGGAGGCCUGAACAUUUUGCCGAACCGCUCCUGAGGAAGCAGAACGAAUAGCAGUGCAUACAAAUAGCCAUGGCGGACAGGGUACUUGCCCUGGUCCAUUACUAUGCUCGCGAGGGCUAUUUUAGACAUGUGCAGACGGUGUGCAACGAAGUGCUCAAGAAGCGGCCGGGAGAUGGCGUACUCACAUUCUGGCGUGCCUAUGGACUGCUCAUGGAGGGCAACACGGCGGACGCCAUGCGUGACCUCUCCAGCAUCCAGGGCAAUUCUGACCUUGAGCUGGCGGUCGCAGCCGCGCAACUACUGGGUCACGAAUCCGCCAAGGUGCCCGACCACGAUGCCAUCAUUGACCUCCAAGCCAAGCUGGAGAUCGAGGAGCGCACCGCCAGCGACCAGCCCUGCCUGCACCUGGCCUCCUUCUACCUGUAUACCAAGUCCAAGGAGCGCGCCCGCGGUCUGGUGGAGCGCGUGCUGCGCAACCAGCCCGACAUGGUGCCGGCGCAGGUUCUUCUGGGCUGGAUCAUCAUCAGCCAGCAGCAGGACGACGAGUACGACAUGCUGUUUGACGAGUCCGAGCUGGACGACGCCCUCAGCCACUUCGAGCAGGCGGUGGAGCACGACCACAACGACCUGCAGGCGCUGCUGGGCAAAGCCAAGAUCAUGGAGCUGAAGAAGCAGCUGGGGCCCUGCCUGGACGUGCUGACGGAGAUCAACGUGCGCUUCGGCUGGUUCGUGCCGGCGCUGGUGGAAAAGACGCGCAUGCUCAUGAUGCUGGGCGACUGGGAGCAGGUGACGGAGACGCUGCAGCGGGUGCUUGCGGCGGACCAGCAGAACAUCAUGGCGCAGGCCUGGAACUGCAUGAUCUCCCUCACUCGCGAGGGCAACAACAAGCAGGCGGCCAAGCAGCUGCAGGACCUGUUCAGCUCAAUGAACCGCCAGGAGCCCAAGAACGCCGAGCUCUUCUUCCGCGUCGCCCGGCCCUUCGGCCGCCUGGCCUGCAGCGACCCCACGCUGCUGGGCAUCACCUACCUCAUGGCCGACCGCGCCGCGCAGCUCAGGCCGGAGAUGGCGGCCUACGUGGUGGAGGCAGCUGCUCAGAAGCUGAUGAUGGACGAGACCACCAACGCCACGGAGCGCUUCACGCAGGCGCUACAGCUGGACGAGCUGAACCUGGAGGCCAACGCGGGCGCGCUGGAGGCGCAGAUCAUGGCGGGCGAGCUGGAGGAGGCGGCGGGGCAGAUCAUGUUCCUGGAGGACAUGUUCACCAACGCCGCGGCGGCUGGCGGCGGCAAGCGCAAGGGCCGCGGCACCGGCGACAUGGACGACGACCCCGAUAUGGCCGACCCCAGUCUGGGCACCUCCUCCGACAACCCCACGCUGCUCUACCUCAAGGGUCUGCUGGCCUGGAAGCAGGGCAUGCCGUCCGAGGGCCUGGGUCUGCUGGAGCGCUCCAUUGCCGCCCUGUUCUCCGCCGCCGCCGACUUCCACGGCCCCAGCCUGGAGCUGUACGCGGCGCUCAACCCGGCGCGCAUCACCGCAGUGGUGCGGCUGCUGCUGCAGAGCAUCGGCGGUGAGCCGCGCGCUCCCACUGAGGCGCCGUCUCCGCUCAUCAGCAAGGUCACCCGCGCGCUGGACCUGCUGAACAAGCAGGCGCCGGCGCUGCAGGAGAGCGCGCUGCUGCACGCGCGCGCGCUGUACCUGAACGGCAACCUGGACGGCGCGCUGCGCAAGGCGGGCGAGAUCCUGCGCAUGAACCCCGAGGAGAGCUCCGCGCACCUGCUCAUCUGUUCCGUGUACGUGGCGCAGGACAAGCCCGAGCUGGCCGUCAGCGCGCUGGACCAGGCCGUCAGCAGCAACUUCGCGAUCCGCGAGACGCCUCUGUACCACGUGGUCCAGGCCAAGGUGCUGGUGGCCAACAACAAGCUGGACGACGCCAAGCGCGUCCUGGAGUCCGCCAUGAACCUGCCGGGCGUGCGCACAGCGCUCACCGUGCAGCAGCGCGCGCGACUAGGGCGCAAGGUGGUCGAGCCCACGCUGCACGAGCGCGCCACCGUGUACCUGCUGCUGGCGGACGUGCUGGCGAGGCAGUCCAAGAUACCGGACGCACCAGAGGCCAAGAAGUACAUCCAAGACGCCAUCCGCGAGUUCGAGGGCACCAGCGAGGAGGUGCGCGUCACGGUGGCGGACUGCGAGCUGGCCAUUGCGCGCGGCGACGUGGAGGGCGCGCUCAAGAAGCUGCGGCGCAUCCCCAAGGAGUCUCCGCACUACGUGAAGGCGCGCAUGGCCAUGGCCGACAUCUACCUGCGCCACCGCAAGGACAAGGCCGCCUACAUCAAGUGCUACAUGGACCUGGUGGACCACACGCCCGACUACGACAGCUACUGCAUGCUGGGCGAGGCGUUCAUGCAGAUCCAGGAGCCGGAGAAGGCAGUGCGCGCUUUCGAGUCCGCGCUGGAGUUCAGCCCCAAGGACGUCGACCUCAUCACGCGGUGCGCCCGCGCGCUGGUGACCAGUCACGACUACCAGCGCGCCAUAGACUACUACACCAAGGCCAUCGCCAACGCCCGCGGCGGCGCACAGCACGCCCUGCAGCUGGAGCUGGGCAACCUGCUGGUGCGGCUGCGGCAGUACCCCGCCGCCACCGCCGCCAUCAACAAGGCGCUGGAGCGCAACCGCGACGGCCUGCCAGCCACUGAGAACCUGCAGCUGGACGUGGAGGCCUGGUCCAUGCUGGCCAAGGUGCACAAGGGCAAGCUGGAGAUGGAGGGCUACAGCCAGGCCCAGAGCCGCGCGCUGGAGCUGCAAAAGCAGCUGCUGCUAAAGCUGCGCGGCGAGCUGCCGGAGGCGGUGGCGCUGCAGCGCGAGCGCACCGCCGCCAUCUGCUUCGACCUGGCGGAGCAGAGCAAGCGCGCGCGCCAGUUCGACCGGGCCAUGGAGCUGUACAUGGAGGCCCUGCGGCACCACGACACGCACGUGCCCUCCAUGCUGGCCGUGGCCAAGCUGCACCUGGCCAACGGCGACACGGACGCCUGCCAGGCGCAGUGCGUGACGCUGCUCAAGCACGACCCCGACAACGAGGAGGCCAGCAUCAUGCUGGCGGAGCUCAUGUUCCACAAGGAGCACUACGACACCGCCAUCUACCACUUCCAGCAGCUGCUGGAGCGCUCGCCCAACCACUACGGCGCGCUGGCGCAGCUCAUCCUGCUGCUGCGGCGGGCGGGCCGGCUGGAGGACGUGCCCAGGUACUUUGCUCUGGCGGAGGCGGGCUCGCCCAAGGCCGUGAUGGACCCUGGAUACCACUACUGCAAGGGCAUCUACAACAGGUACAUCAACAACCCGCGCGAGGCCCUCAAGGAGCUGAACCUGGCGCGCAAGGACACGCGCUGGGGCAGCCAGGCCAUCCUGCACAUGGUGGAGAUCUACCUCAACCCCGACAACGACGCGGUGUGGGAGGAGAAGGAGAACGCGGACACGCCCGAGAGCCGACAGGCGGUGGCCACGGCGCGCAGCCUGCUCAAGCAGGUCCGCGGCGCCGACACCACCACCCAGCGCUACCGCGUGCUGGAGUCGUACGCCAUCAUGGCCGGCAAGGACAAGAACGAGAUCGAGGCCUCGCUCAACGUGCUGCUGGACCUGGCCAACCAGGACCCCAACAACGUGCCUGUGCUGCUGGCCAUGGCCACCGGCUUCAUGAUGCUCAAGCAGACGCCCAAGGCGCGCAACCAGCUCAAGCGCGUGCAGAAGAUCCAGUACAAGCCCGACGAGGCCGAGGAGUUCGAGCGCAGCUGGCUGCUGCUGGCUGACAUCCACAUACAGGGCGGCAAGUACGACUUGGCCCAGGACCUGUGUCAGAAGUGCCUCAAGUACAACAAGAGCUGCGCCAAGGCGUGGGAGAUCAUGGGUCAGAUCAUGGAGCGCGAGCAGGCCUACAAGGACGCGGCGGACCACUACGAGAACGCCUGGAAGCACGAGAACCAGGCGUCCGCGCAGGUGGGCUUCAAGCUGGCGUUCAACUACCUGAAGGCUCGGCGCUACGUGGAGGCCGUGGACGUAUGCCACAAGGUCAUCAAGGCAUUCCCCGACUACCCCAAAAUCCGCAAGGAGAUCCUGGAGAAGGCGCGCAUGGGCCUCAAGCCCUGAGCAGGCGGAGGGGGCCGGGGCGGAGGGAGGCGCGAGGUGGAGGGAGCCGGACCCGGCGGGCAGCUGACGCGGGGGCGGGCGGCGCUGGUGCGGUGCGGCGCGGCGUGUCAGUGGCAGGGCCGUGACUGGUGUGACACGCACCGUGUAGCUCCGGGACGCACGGUCGAGCCGUGGCGUGCGUGAGUGUGCUGAAGUGGGCUGUGCACGGUGAGCUACGCAAGGCUGUGAGCAAGGCGCUAUGACUCAUAUGAGGGAGGUAAAUGACUCUGGUCACCUGGGGUUCUGCGCGAGGGGCCAUGUUUGGUUGCUGUCCCGGUGGCGAGCGGAGGGGGACCGGCAAGGCGCUGGCAUGCGGCAGGAAGGUGCUGGGCUACAUACGGUACUAAAGUGUUGAGGUGGUAGGGGGGAAGGGCACGCUGGCAGCCGAACAGGUUGUCGUGUGGGGGCCCUUGUCCCGAGUGCUGAUUCGAUAUUUCGAUCACUCAAAUCGUAGAUAUCAGACAGGUUACUGAGCGAGCCGUGAACACGUGCUGUGACGCUGCAUGUGGCCUCGACGGGUUGGUUCGUGGGUCGGCCAUGUGGAUGCGGAGUACAGAAGGGAUGACGGGCCGUUGCAACAAAGUUCGACAUGUGCAUCAUGCAACAUGUCUGGUCUACGUGCGCAUUAGUUCCGCAACGCACGUCCAUGUCCGCGGCUCAAGGCUAUGCCCGCAAAGAUUACUACGCAUGGAUGCCUGUGGCCACUCGUCCCGGCCAGACAACAGCAGUACCCAACAGUCAUGGCGAGGUCAAGGAAAGAAUGCGAAUGCGAGGUAUGAUGCACACCUUGCGUCCGUAACCAAUUGCACAACGAUGCAGGGAAUGCCCUUAGGGCGGCCCAAACCUGGCCCGUACCCUCACGAAUGACUUUCCGUGGCUUCCGCCAGAACGGCAUCCCACGACGGCAUCCUCACAUGAAAGAUUAAGAUGCUGCAAACGGCUACGAAAUGACGAAUCCUCAUCGGUAUACAGUUAAUAAAAUGCAGGUCGACGUGCGUCCACGUUUCAGCCCCAACACACGCCAACACGCGCACGCCCACGCGCACGCCCCGUCUACGUCCGUCUAAGUUUCAGCCCCAAUGCGCGCACAUCCCCACUUCAUGCCAACCGCGCCCUCACUCUUCCCUGCUCUCCCGGCAGGCCUCCCAGCCCUCCGUCCGCUCCUGAUGCGCAGUCUGUCCCACGGUGUCGAUUGUCCUAAAUGGUUCUCAAACGCGCGCCACACACCUGAUGGGUACACGCACGGAGAUGCCCGGGGACAGUACAUGUAAAGCCGCCCCACGACAUGCGUGAUCAUGGCAAAUGAACAAGCGUCUCCACACGUCCCGGAGGACCCUGUGUUGUAUGUAGUACGGCGCUUCGCCAAGGGAAGCAACCCAGGCCCCCUCCGGCCCAAGGCACCCCACGCCACAACAGGGCGCUCGCUCAAGCAGACUAACAAUUCUCUAGCAUAACGAGCUCAAAUUCAAGCUUGCAAUUAUU